AUGUGUUUCUUUAAUACCGGUGUUCUAACACAUUGGAUGACGACUGAUGAACUUGAGAACCACAUAAGUCCUGAAGAUUUUGAGGAGUUCCUCGAAUGGUGCAAAAAUAAUAAUGCAACACAAAUUUCCCCGAACCAUGAUGUCGAUUACGCCAGUUUCGAGGAUUCGACCACAGUUCUUCCUGUACCAGAAAGAGUAGACUGUUUCGGCUUGGGCACCAUCGCUGGGUUUUUCAACAUGAGACCAGACACGUCAAAUGAUGUCAAUACACAUUUCUAUUUUUCGUCUCGUCAAAAACCGGAGAGAGUACAGGUUUAUCCUGGAACACAGUUUGGUCUGGAAUGGGUGGAUUUUAGACCGGACAGAAGGACCAUAUUGAUUGUACAUGGGUUUAUGAGUCACAGCAACGCGUCCUGGGUUUUAGACAUGACACGAGCGUUUUUAGAAUGGAGGGAUGUGAACGUUAUAGCUGUUGACUGGAGUAAAGGUGGCAACACUUGGAAGUAUUGGAGAGCGGUGGCCAAUACUCGGAGAGUAGGGUCUGAUGUUGUUGGGUUUAUGAAACAGCUCAUGUCAGCGACUGGUGCAAAUGUAAAGGAUUUCCAUUUCAUAGGUCACAGUCUUGGCGCUCACAUCGUGUCCUACGUGUCAUAUCAUAUAGGGAGAGUUGCUAGAAUAACAGGUCUAGACCCAGCACAGCCAUGUUUCAGAACAUCAAGUCGCGUGGAGCGCUUGGAUGAGACCGACGCAGACUUUGUAGAUGUUAUACACACUAACGGGAGACUGUUGAAAAAGAUUGGAUUUGGACUACCAGACCCUAUUGGUCAUGCAGAUUUCUAUCCAAAUGGUGGAAUGGAACAACCUGGCUGUAGGAAUGAGACCAGAACUAUUUGGUCCACACUCUUCCCUGGCUCAGUUGCUAGAUUACAACAAGCUAUAUGCAGCCACGGGCGAGCGUAUCUCCUCUUUACAGAAUCACUGAUCAACAACAACUGUAGCUUCAUAGCGCAUAACUGGAAUUUAACAUAUGAAGGGGUCAAUGCAAGCAUAUUAGCUGCAUGCGAUAGAGCCGCCCCAUGUUCUGAGAUGGGCAUCCGAGCUGAUCAGAAACGGAUCUAUAAAGGAGCUUACUUCGUUCUCACAACCGAAAAGGAACCUUAUUGCCCAACAGACUACGAGCGAACCCAUCCUCAGCCAGAUUUAUUACUAGACUUGCGUAAAGGGUUCCGAAUAGACCGGUCUUCCAAAGCAAAAACAUCAGCACCAGAUUUCGCUGACCCUCAAGACAUAAUCACUACUACCACAGCGAAGAAUUGGUUCUGGAGAGUUAUUGAUAAAUUGGGUUAA